AGAUAUCACAGGUGCUCUUUUAUCAACCUGGAGCUAGCCUAGCCAAGAAACUUACCAGCAGAAAUUCAAAUUUCCAGGAGCUGAAUUUGCCACAAAAAAAAAACGCAUCAGGAGCUCGUGCAAGUCAUGUAUAAUGUGUCAAAUGGUCUCACAAACAAGGAAAGAUACUUCCAAUGCAUUGAGAAAUCUUCAAAUUUUGUACUGGUUAAGACAUUAAGUGAGAUCGAACAGAAACAUAUCGAUUAUUACUCUCUGAAGAUCAAAAAAGAGGUGAUCCCUGUGGGUCCUCUUGUUCAAGAACCUGAAAAUAGAUCAAGUGAUAUGGUGUUCUUGGAGUGGCUGAGCAAAAGGGGUCCUUCUUCUGUUAUUUUUUUCUCAUUCGGGACCGAAUAUUUUCUCUCCAAAGAAGAAAUUGAAGUGAUUGCUUAUGGUUUAGAAUUGAGCAUGGUGAGCUUCAUAUGGGUGGUUAGAUUUCAUGGAAGAAAAAAUGUCACUAGUUUGCCAGAAGGAUUUCAGAAGAGGGUAGCAGAAAGAGGUAUGGUUGUGGAAGGUUGGGCGCCACAAGUGAAAAUACUGGGCCAUCCAAACAUUGGAGGAUUCGCGAGUCAUUGUGGUUGGAGUUCAACACUUAUAGCAUUCGAUGUUCCAAUUAUUGCAAUGCCUAUGCAGCUUGAUCAGCCCCUGAAUUCAAGAUUGGUUGCGGAGCUUGGUGUAGGAAUUGAAGUACGAAGGGAAAAUGGAAAAUUCAGAGAAGAGAUUGCAUCGGUGAUCAAACAAGUUGUCGUGCAAGAAGAAGGGAAAAAAGUCAGAAAAAAAGGUUAAUCUCUUUUAAGUAGCAAGUUAAAGGAGAAGGUACUUACCCAAAAAAAGGACAAAGAAGAAGAAGAUGGUGAAGAAGCUUCUGCAGCUUGUUAAGGAGCGAUCAUCAAUUUUUGCAUUAUUCAGUGUAAGACAAGGGAUUUGUAUGUGUCAUUUUACAAUAAACUUCAUUGCUUUUAA